AUGCGUCAUCUCAUCAUAAUGGACGCUCGAACAGAGAGGUUCAAGGACUGGCUCAGGUCCUCGACGAUUGAUGUUAGUCCAAAUAUUGAGAUUGAAAAUCUCUCAGAGCAGCACAUGGGUCGAGGAGUGGUCGCUAUUAAACCUAUAGCAUCGGGUGAGACGCUUUUCACCAUUCCCCGGCCGAUGAUAUUGAAUGUGGCCACAUCACAAUUGGUGAUUGACAAACCUGAUAUUCUUGAGAAGUUGUUGAACUUGGGGCAAUGGCCAGCACUUAUAAUUGUUCUUUUAUAUGAAUUACUGGUUGUGAAGGAGAAGUCAUCAUGGUGGGAUUAUCUUCAAGUACUUCCAUUUACCGAGAACGAGGUAAAAUUAAAUCAGCUCAUAUUUUGGGAACCUGAGGAAUUGGAGUUAUUGUUACCAUCUCUCGUGAAUGAAAGGGUGGACCGUGCGUCUAGUGAAAAGAUGUAUAAAGACGUCAAGCAUUUGGUGAAAGAAUGGAAUCUCGGAUUCGAAGUCGACUCUGAAUUGUUUCAUCGCGUUGCAACUACUAUCAUGUCAUACUCAUUUGAUGUUGAGCGUCCUGAUGCUGAUGAUGAAUCUCUAGAGCUGGAUUCGAUGCCAGAGAUUCAAGCUGAUGGAUACUACAAAUCAUUAGUUCCGCUAGCUGAUACUUUAAAUGCGGAUACUGAAUUCCACAAUGCCCAUUUAGAGUACAAUGAGGGAACUCUCGUAAUGAAAGCUACUAAAGAUAUUGAGGUGGGGGAGCAGAUUUUCAACACAUACGCCGAGCACUCUAACUCUGAGUUGUUAAGACGCUAUGGAUACGUUCAAGUUCAUGGCUCCCAGUAUGAUUUUGGAGAAGUUCCAUUCACUAAAGUAUACGAUCAAUUCAAAGACCAUGUCGAUUUUGAAGUCAUCAAAGAAGCCUUAUCUUUAAUUGCUGAUGAGGACGAUGAUGAUGAGGACAAUCAGGGUAUUUGUCACGAAAGCUACGAUUGUUUUGCCACAGGUGAAGUUGAGAUUGAAUUAAUUUUGCUUGUUCAAGUGCUCUCGAUUGCAGCGCAAAUUGAAAACGUCGAUAUCGCCAUGGUUAAAAGAAUUUAUCACAAAUGUUACCAAUUAGUUGAGCUGAAGCGAGUCACCAAAAAAAUGGCAGAAAAUUUCUCGAACAUAAUUGCGAGUCGUCUUUCAGAUUACGAAAAUGUCGUGGAGAAUCCUGAAAUCGCUAUCACUCGCAAACAAAUGGCCGAAAUUGUUAAAAUUGGAGAGAAGCGUGCCCUUGUUGCAGCUUCAAACCCUGCAAAUUCCCUUAUUCUUCAAGGGGAUCCUCUCAGCAGCAUUGAUGAUGCCAAGCUUAUCCGCAACAUUACGAAGAAACGCAUGAAUGAUGGAACAGAGUCCGCCACUAAAAGACUCAAGUAG